UCCCCAUCUUGGCAGCACCCUUCGUCUCUCUCGCGAGCUCCUGAGCAUCUUCUCUUCUGCUGUAUUGCUCUCUCUCUCUCUCUCUCUCUCUGUCUCUCUCUGCGUGUGAAUUGCCUCUCUACUGUCGGAGCCGCGACCCUCAACGGUGAAUGGUGAUCUAGCCCUGUGACAACAGUUCGAGCUGAUUUGGAUGCCAUUGAUCUGGUAACAAAAUUCGAGCUAGCGAUGUCAGUUUUAAAUCUGCAGAAGCCCCAGUUUCCGAGACCCUUCUCUUCAGUUCCAACCUGUCCUUUGUCUUUGACAAGCUACCUCCAGUUGCCAUUCUCUCGAAGUAUUCGAUUCCCAAAAAAGCUGAAUUGUCUUUCACCUUCUUCUGGAUCCUCACCAGCAUGGCAAAAGGACAUCAUUGAUGAAGAACAUAUAAUUGGUGACUGUGUUGUAUUUGAAGAUGGUAUUUUCGAAGACCCAUACCUCCAAGGUGAAACCGACCUUGACAACUUUGUUCCACCUAAACGCAAAGGCAAAAAGAGGUUAAAUGAAGUUGAAACUGAAAACUUAGUGCCAGAAAGUUGGAGAGAGGUGCAAGCAGAGAUUAACAUUACAAAGAAAGAUAGGCGCAAGAUCGCACAGGAAUUAGAGUUUGGUCGCACAGUCGAGAAGAGAAAACAAGGUUAUGUGCCUUUAAGGACUGUGAAUUUAGAAGAAUAUAAAACUUACAAAGAGGCGAAGAUGGCACAGUUGAAUCCAGUAGUUCUUGACAGUCCUUCUAGUUUUCCAGUGAAAGAAGUGGGUAAUGCAGGUGCAGAAAAAGAGUUGCUAAGUGAAAGAGCAGCGCCACGGAAUCCAAGAUGGGAAGUUUAUGGGAGGGGCUUGGAGGAUGUUACUGAAUUUUUCAAUAGUGGAAACUAUGAACCUGGUAAAAAACCUGAAGGUCCGCGCAAGCUGUUUACUAAGGAAGAAAAGGUUCUGCUGAACAGACGGAUUCCUAACCUGGUUGUUGCCACAUCUGACAAAUGGCUACCCCUGCACACAUUGGCUGCAUCGGGAGAGUUUUACCUUAUGAAUGCUUUGCUGAAACACAAUGUUGAUAUCAAUGCUGUAGAUAAGGAUGGUUUGAGUGCACUCCACAAAGCAAUUAUAGGCAAGAAGCAGGCAAUUAUGAACUAUCUUUUGAGAGAAUCUGCUAAUCCAUUUAUUAGCGAUAAGGAAGGGGCUACAUUGAUGCACUAUGCUGUCCAAACAGCAUCGAGUCAGGCGAUAAAGAUUCUUCUAUUGUACAACAUUGACAUAAACGUCCAGGAUAAUGAUGGAUGGACACCAUUGCAUCUUGCUGUCCAAUCUCGACGAACUGAUGUGGUGAGACUUUUAUUAAUCAAGGGAGCUGAUAAGACAAUAAAAAACCAGGAUGGUAUGACUCCACUCGACCUUUGUCUACAUUCUGGUCGAGACUUGAGGACUUACGAGCUCAUCAGGUUACUGAAGCAGCUUCCCAAGUCGCGCUUAUUAUGCCGUGAAAGCGCUGAAGCUCUCGGUCUUGAGGGUGGUCCUUGAAGAUGUCUUCCUCAGGAAAGAGGCAAAAGUACAAAAUGCACAUACAUCGCAGGCCACGAGUACAGGACCGGCAAAUGGCAAAGUCAGCUUGCUCUUCGAAAGUGAAGCGAAGAAUCGUACAACUAACUUCAGCCGAUAACCGCCGGGCAAACGUUCCCAGGAAACCUUUGUGCUUGUGCAGGAGCAGGAUGGUAGCGACAGUUGCUCUACAUCAAUGGACAAGUCGAAGAGAGAACUAUUCUUCUUGAUACCUAGUGAGAUGCUGCCGAGACUUAAACGCACAUGUUCUUAUCUAAUGUAAUGGUUCUUAGCAUUCGAGCACCAAUGUGCAUCUCGGGCAUUCAAAGGGUGGUAUGAAAUAAUCCGACAUGUCGGAUAGGGAAGAGUUGUCUACCUUGUCCAAUCAGACAGUAGUGCGUCAUACGCUGUUGUUUAUUCUGUCGUUGUUAAAGUCGCCCGGUUGGCUCGUGCAAGAAUAGAAUAAGUACAUGACAGAUCAUCUUUCCGUUUAUAAA